GGCAACCUUUGGGCCGAGACUGGUCUUAAAUAAAACUGAACGAAAGCACUUCUUUUGUUGAUGCUAAAAAAUAAACAAAUGAAUGACGCUGAAUUAAUCAAAUUGAUAGAAAACUAUCCAAUACUCUAUGACAAAGACAGUGCGCGCAGUGCAAAGAAUGCAGCGAACAAGGACGCAGCAUGGAAGACCAUUUCACAGAAACUCGGGGCCAGUGAAAGAGCGUGCAUAACGCGCUGGAAAAGCAUUCGCGACCGCUUUGGGAAGGAGUUUCGUCGAUUCCAAGAGAAUCCAGAGAAUCCCACAUAUUGGGAUAUGUUUCCACGCCUGCUCUUCCUCAAGGAUCAUUACAAGCACGGUCUCGUCAAGCACGAGUCUCUCGAUAAUAUGAAAUUUGAGCCGAGGCAUCGAAAACCGCGACGUCCCCGUUUGGAGGAUCCGGAGAAGAAGCAAAAAGAUGAGGAGUUUGAGGAGGAUGCGGAGGAUAUUGAACUAUGCCAACAGCUCAUAGAGCUGGUCAAGCUACAUCCAGUGCUCUAUGACAGGCAUAAAAUACGCAACUCCAAGAAUCUCUCGGCAAAAAAUGAUGCCUGGCGCGCAAUCUCAGAGAGCCUGAAUGUGUCGGAGGAACUGUGCUACAAUCGCUGGAAGAAGUUACGCGAUCGUUUUGCUCGCGAGUAUCGCAAUCAUCAGAUUAAUCAAUCCGCGCCCGUUUCCUGGAGAUACUUAAAUGAUCUUCUAUUUCUUGGACGGCAUUUUCGCAAGGGCGUUCCACUAAUUAUAGAGAAUAUAAAAAAACGCGGUCGUCCACCUAAAUCCAGCCAGUGUCAGGCGGAGAAUACAGUCAACACGGUUACAGGACUAAGUAUUGAAGCUGGCGAGCAUAUUUGGGGUGCGGAUUAUCCGUAUAGCACGGAUAAUGACAACGAUGAGCUGGAGGAUGAGAUGAAUUAUGAGGAUCCGGAUGAUAUUGAAGUGAUAUCCGAAGCGGAUCAAGAAGAAGGCUUUGAUUUUGUGCAAAUGGAUAUGUCAAUGGAGGAGCAACAAGUGCCACAACAAUUUAUACAACCUGCCGAAUCUCUGGAGCCACAACAAUUGCAUGUAACCACAACAAUGUCCACCACAAAUGAUCCCCUGUUGAAUAUGGAAAACAUUGCCAUGAAUAGGGAAAAUCGUACAGUAGAUUCGUCGGCUUAUAAUGAAAGUGUUGAUGAUGAUGUGAAUGCAACGUCAAAUGCUGAAAAACUAAUUGGUGCUGUCAUCACCAAUAUGGAGACGGUGUUGCAACAAUCCAAGGAUUGCCUGCAAAUCAUACAACAAGCUGCCACAACAUCCACACAGACAAACAAUAGCCUCCUGAACAAAGUGCAAAUGCUACUCGAUGGCCUGAGUGAGGAUCAGCGACUUCAGGCGGAGCGGAAAAUUGUACACUUUCUCUGCGAGUGCCAAAUAAAAACAUUGGAUGGCCAGGAAAUUGAGGAUGUGGCGCCUUGUCACAUAUUUAACUAAGUAAUUAAAGGGUUCCAAGUUUACUUGUAUUUAUGAUAAACAACACGCUUAUGCAUUUAAUUGGCAGAAGUGGUUAAAACUGCGAUAUACAUUUAAAAUAAAAUUCAAUAAUAAAAUUA